ACGCUGCCACCAGACAACGAUCGUUUGAGUGUGCUGUUGAGUUCGUUGGAUCCGUUGUGGGAGCUUGUUUCGGCAUGCCUUCAGCGUUUAGCGAAGUCCGAUGCGCAUGCAGCGUUGGCGUUGCAACCGGCUGCUGAGGCAUUCUUCCUGGUGCAUGGGCAUACUUUGUCGGGUAUUGAUCCCAGUAAAUACACUCAGCAUCCGGACGCCGUCAAAUUGGUCCAGUUUGCUGGUAAGAUUUCGUUUAUCGUUUAUUAUUCGUUUGUUCAUUUUAUCGGUGAAAGCAGUCAAUUCAUUAGUGAUAUUGGAACACCACUCGGUUGA